AUGUGCUUCUUGGACGGACCCAGCAACACGCCCACAUGCCUCUGUGACGAUAAAUUCGUGAUUGGGGUAUAUCCCAGCAGCUGCGUGCCUGUGGCAGGUGGCACAACGGAGAAGGAUUUGACGCCCACAGCAGCCACGCUCACAGCCACAGGCGACGCCUCAGUGGAUGCUGCAACAGCCACGCUCACUCUCACGCCCGCCCAGCCGUCCAAGGCUGGCAGUGUGUUCCUGGCAGCGCGCGUGCCGCUCUUCUCCUACCAGCUCAUCGGGGACUCCUGCGGCCGCCAACUCGCCUUCUCCUCCUCCUUCCCCUUCACUCUCACCCGCCCUGCUGCCUCCGGCUCCGAAGGCUUUGCCUUUGUGGUGGCCUUUGAUGCCACCCCGCCCACAACACCGGUGGCGGGCGGCAUGGGGUAUGCGGGGAUGGGAGCGCGCAGCGUGGCAGUGGAGUUUGACACGUCGAUGGAUGCGGGCAACAGCGACCCUGACAGCAACCACGUGGGCAUCAACACCGGCGGCAAUGUCACGUCGGUCGUCACAGCCAAUAUGAGCACCCCUCUCAAUGACGGCACAGCCAAACAUGUGUGGAUCGACUACAGCCCAUCCUCCAGUGGCUCACUGCGUGUCUUUCUCUCCUCCGAGUCAUCUCGCCCCACCACCCCCCUCCUGUCGGCACGCAUCUCCCUGUGUGAGGAGCUCGCCCCCUCCCCAUCAGAGUACACCUUUGCCAUCGGCUUCACUGCUGCCUCCGCCACCCAGCCUCAAGGCCAUGUCGUCUCCGCCUGGACCCUUUCCACCUCAAUCCUUAUUUUUAACACCAUAUGCACCCUCUCCUUCAUCGCAGAUGCAUCACUGGGUUUUACCUUCAGCGAGGCGGUGCUCUCUCUGUCGGGGAUGAAUCACUUUUUCCGCUAUGCCAGCUCGGGCAGUGUUGCUCCAGUGAAUGACAAUGACGUGUAUGGUGUGCACCCUACAGCUUCAUGGGCCAGGCUGGACUUCACAUGGCCUGUCAGGACUCAAACCACUUGCGGCGACUGUUGGGCGUACACAGUGGUGGGCAGCAUCGAGGCGGCGUAUGGCAUUAUGGCCAAUCUUCCAACGGCGCCGGUGCUGUCAGUGGAGCAGAUGAAGGCCGCCAUGAAGGUCGAUUGCUCUGGCAGUACGCCCUCUCAGGCUUUCCAGUUGCUGCUCAAGCUGGCAAACAAGGGAGGCGGGCUCGUGCUGGAGAACCAAAGUCCGGCCGAGAAAGGCAAGAAGGCCGCGAAGACAGGCAGCAGCAAUCCUCUUUGCUCUCCGUUGCUGAAGCCACUGGCGAAGCUGCUUGGUGUGUCGUGCGGCAACGGCACUUCUAUCCCACGUGUGAGUGAACUAGUGGGGCCCGUGAUAGCUUAG